CCAACAUUCUCCUUAAUUUGCAAUUCCAAAUAAUUUUUUAUGCCGGUCUUGUCCAGUCUACACUUAACAUCCAGUAUUAAUAUUCGAUCGUCUGUGUUUCUGGAAGGAAAGAAAUUUAUUAAUCAUCAUGCUUAGACGUAGUUUGCGUUUGUAUCCAAGUGGCUUGAAUGUCGCUAAAAUGAGCUUCUCCAGCCAAUUGGGGGAUUUGGGCAGCGGUGCCGGUAAAGGAGGUGGUGGUGGCGGUUCUAUCCGCGAAGCCGGUGGUAGCUUUGGCAAAAUGGAAGCUGCUCGCGAGGAGGAGUACUUCUACAAGAAACAAAAAGAACAAUUGGAACGUUUGAAGAACGAUCAAAUCCAUCAAGCUGAAUUCCAUCAUCAACAAAUCAAGGAACACGAAGAGGCCAUUCAGCGCCACAAGAAAUUCUUGGAAAACUUGAGCAAGUGAAUGUCACCCCGACCACCACCACAUGCUAACGAUCCACGGCCGGCCGUCCAUUUAAAGUUCUAAACAAAAGACGGUACUCGUGCUUUCCUCUUUACAACAAACAUCACCUUUUUAACCUUAACUUGCAAUGUCAAUGGUCCUUAAAAUCAAUUGCCUCAAGAGCUUAUUGCACAUAAAUGAAAAACUGAUACUAAAAUUUACGAACUACAAUUUUAAAUAAUUAUAUAAUCGUUUUUUCUUUUUUUUUUUUUUUGGAGAAAUAUACAAAGAUUGCAGAGGUAGUUUUUUCUACGACGACAGCGUCGUUUGUCAACAACAUUCAAUGUCUUAAUUUAAUGAAUUCUUUUGUUGUGUUUUUUUUUAUAUUAUUCUUGGCAUUUUAUAUGCUUGUGAAAUAUUUUGAUAAUAAAACUUAUAUUAAAAAAAAUUUAA